UAUCCAAAAGAGCGAUCGUUGCCAAGGCACAAGAACUGUUCACAAGCUAAUAGGAAGCAUAAUAAUUGCAUCCCAAUUCUUAAUCGGCGGAUUCUCCUCCGGGCGUAGAUCUGUAAGAAAAAUUAUGUGACGACGUCAAGGCGCUGGUUAGUUACCGAAAUACAGCUGAAUCUCUUCGCAGAAGCUCUGUCAAUCGACCUUCAUUCCCGCUCGUUAAUGGAGAUUAUGUGAAAACCGAGUUUUGUAUCAGAAUUCAUCAAAUGGAUCUGAGUGUUCUUUUAGAUUGAGAUAGAUGGAUAAGUUGAAUCUUUCGAUUAGUUCGAUGACAGUGUUUUUCGAAGAAUUAUAAUCGGAGUAUUCCUGAUUAGCUUUUGCGGGAUAAUUAAUCGGUUGAAUUUGUUUGUAUUCGUAGGUUCUGUUACAUUCCAUUGCUGUAAAUGGGAUUUCGAUUACAAAUUCGAAGCUCCAUUUUGGUCUUUUUCGUGCUUGUGCCUGCAAUUCUUGCACACAAGUCCGAAAAGACUAGUCUUGUUGUGGACACAAAUGCAACCGUAGCUGAAACCGAUGCUAAUUAUAUUUGUGCUACUCUCGACUGGUGGCCACCCGAGAAGUGCAACUACGGUAACUGCCCGUGGGGAUUAUCAUCUGUUAUAAAUCUUAACUUAUCUCAUCCGAUUCUGACCAAUGCUAUCCGAGCUUUCGAGAGUUUGAGAAUUAGAAUCGGUGGCUCAUUGGAGGACCGGAUCAUAUAUAAUGUCGGGAAUCCCCCGCCUUAUUGUCCUGAGCUUAAGAAGCAAAACAGUGAGAUGUUUGGAUUUUCGGAAGGGUGUUUACACAUGGAGAGAUGGGAUGAGCUGAAUAACUUCUUCGAAAAAACCGGAGCCGUCGUGACCUUUAGCCUGAAUGCUCUCUACGGGAGGCGCCAUAUGCAAAACGACGAUUGGCAAGGCAAUUGGGAUUCAACUAAUGCCCGUGAUUUUAUAAACUACACCGUCUCCAAGGGAUACAAAAUCGAUUCGUGGGAAUUCGGUAACGAGCUAAGUGGGCACGGAGUGAGCGCUCGAGUCGGCUCCAAGCAAUAUGGGAAAGAUAUGAUCCAACUCAAGGCAUUGAAUGAUGAACUAUACGCAAAAUCCGAGUCGAUCCCACAACUUUUGGCGCCGGGAGGAUUCUACGAAAAGCUGUGGUUCAAUAACAUGCUUCAAGCCUCGGGUCCAGAUGUGAUCAACGGUGUCACACAUCAUUUGUACAGCCUCGGCGGAGGAAACGACGGCAACCUCAAGAAUAAAAUCCUAAAUCCCGACUUCUUAAACAAGGUAUCAUCUACAUUCAUCAAUCUUGCUUCGACUAUUCGAGCCAAUGGCCCUUGGGCGUCCGCCUGGGUUGGCGAAUCCGGUGGCGCCUACAACAGCGGUGCUAAGGGGAUAUCCGAUACAUUUUUGUACAGCUUCUGGUAUCUUGAUCAGCUCGGAAUGGCGGCUAAGCUUCACACAAAGGUAUAUUGUCGACAGAGUUUUAUCGGUGGAUUUUAUGGGCUCCUAAACACCGAUACAUUCCUUCCGACUCCAGAUUAUUACGGCGCGCUUUUGUGGCAUCGACUUAUGGGAAAAGGCGUGCUCGCCAUCAACAACAAUGUGUCGCGCUAUUUACGAGCUUACGCUCAUUGUGCAAAAGCAAGAGAUGGUGUAGCGAUACUUCUUAUCAACUUGAACAAGAAAACGACAUACUAUGUCGACAUUUCUAGCCUCAACAACAUAGAGCCAUCAAUUAUAGAACAAAAGGGAGUCGAGAAAGGGUCGUUCUCCCAUGUCAUUAAAAGAUCCAUCUUAUGGAUCGGGAACAAAGUGCCGGUCGAUGAUCUAUACCGCGAGGAAUACCACUUGACACCCUCGGGUGGUAAUCUUCAAAGUCGAACCGUAUUGUUGAAUGGAAGGCCAUUACGGCCGAAUCAACAAAAUGGAGCCAUCCCGGACUUGGCUCCCGUCCUAAAAGAUAUAAAGUCUCGAGUAAAAAUUGAUCCUUUAUCCAUCAAAUUCGUUGUACAUCCGUACAUUGAUGCUCCCGGAUGCAAGUGAAAGUAUGCUUGUAAAAUAUCUUUCUUUUGAAUAAAGGCAAGGUUUGUUAAA